CAAAGUUAUGUAGGCAGGCAUAGGGCUUUGUCAUUAGUAAAUUUGAAGUAGUUUAUGUCAAAAAGAAGUAGGCUACUAGUGUAAAUACGUAAUUAUUUGAAAUGACUUCCAGAUUUAAAGCGUUGAAUCUAGAUUCAUCGGAAGAAAUCGAAUAUCAGAAUGAAGCUCUCACCAAGGAAGCUUUGGAAGAGAAGGCUACUGCACGGUAUAUGGAAGCACUUCAAAGCCAAGCAAAUGAACAGUGGUCCAAAGCCGAAGAAAUAUAUCAAGAACUACUAGAAUCAGAAGUUUUGUCAAAUGUGAGUGGUCGUGUUACUUUCAUAAAUGGAAGAAUAAAACCAUCUUUAGAACAUCUGAAGUAUUGCUGUUACCAAAAUCUUGGUCAUGUUCUCAUAGCCAAGAAUAAGCUUGAAGAUGGACUUCUGCUUUAUGAAAAGGCCUUGGAGUUAGAUGACACUGAUCUCAACCUGUGGUACAGAAUAGGACUGGUCGGCAUGAAGCUGGUUGAUUUGAAUGUGGCAAUCUCCGCUUUCGAAAAGGCAUUGGAGAUCAGUCCCCGCCAUUUCCCAAGUUUAGACAACAUUAUUUCCGCCACAUAUGCGCAGGGUGGUCUACUCAACUGUUUGUAUUACAUAGCUCGAGCGCUCGAGUACAACCCUAAGUACAGAAAGGGACUUGCCCUCAAAGAUCGGAUAUUCAAGGACCAUCCUUCCAUGAGAGAGUAUUAUGUUACCUUCAACCCGUAUCCAGACUACCCUCUUGAUCCAGCAGAAGUGUCAGAUGUGGAUCCAACAGAGGCUGAGAAGUACUUCUCGGAAGUGCUAAAGUUGAGGGAAGGGCAGCUUCCAGUCAAGAAAGAGACACGAGCCACUCCAAGCUUCACGUUACCUUGCCGGCCGACGUCGUGGAUGCAGUUGGCACUACUGCUGUCUGCGGCUCACACGCAGAUUGUGGAGGAGGCUCCUGAACUGGACAUGUACCGACCAGUGGGACUGUUGAGCGAGAGGCAGUUCAGUGACGUGGACAUGGAGGUAGGGAUGGACACUGAUCAGCUGUCAGCAGAUGAAGAGGUGGACAACAUUAUCACAGAGGCAGUCAAUGAGGGAGAAGAAGCAGAGCCAAUGGGAGUGAGAGGAAAACGUAGACGUAGUUCUCCAACUGCCAUUGAACAACUUAUGUCUGGUAAGAGACGAUCUACGCGGGUCCGGAACACUACACGCAAAGAGGAACCUACCCUGGCUCGUACACUAACAUGUCUUCUGCCCAACAAACUGAGAUUUAAAUCUGAAGAUGGUAAGAAAGACGAUGAAGUAGUCAGGUGGAAUGAAGACUCGCUAGACACUAUGGAUAUGUUUCGCCUCUUUGAGAACAAAGAUUUCUCUGGAGAGAGUAGAGAAUUGGAACUUACCAAUUGUCUUAGUGAGGAAGAAAAGAACAAGGUAAUAAAAGAAGAAGAGUAUUUCAAAACCGACAAAGAAGUAGAAGAAGUAAACAAUUUCCUGGAGAAGUUCACAGGAAUGGAUAUUGUGACUUUGGUGGAGCAGUUUGUGAUUGCUCUAGCUGGCAAGUGGAAUCUUCAUUGGCCUACGAAACUCCCUGAUCUGUACAUUCAGCUGUACAAGAACUUUUUGUAUCACAAUCCUCCAGAAGUUGGGUUUCCAUCCCUCCUAAAAACAGAGGCGGAGGGAGCGGCUUGUAUACUGUACGGAGAGUUGUUGCUGGAUCAAUGGCUGGCACACGGAAAAUCCCGUGGGAAACCUUCCCCGCUUUCUGGAAGUUGCAUGGGUGGGGAGUUGCCGUCCCUGUUAUUAGGAGACCUCCAUGACCUGGUCCUGCUCGGCUGUGAUUCAGAGUUUGCGGCACGCAGCUUCUGGAUGCACGCCCUUAUGGCACUCUACGCAGACGACGUCCACACCGCCAUCCACAAACUCAGCUUGAUAAAAUCUCAUGAGAAACUUGAUGAGAUAGAUCUUCGGCUCGUUAAUGUCACCAACCAUUUUAUAAUCAACCGCAGCACUGUAGAAACCAUGCUGACCACCCUCAACAGGAAGCAGAUGAUAGAUGAACUGGUGGAUUUGUACCAGCAGGACGAUUGCGAACAGAUUGUCGCUAUCUUGACUGAGGUUCUUCAGCCCAGCAGAUUCAGUGCCAAUCUAUUCCAGCCUGCGCUGGACAGAGACGCACAGUACAGCCUGUUGCUCUACACCCUGUGGAGGAUGGACAGAGUGGAGGAGUGUAUGAAGUGGAGUGAGAUGUUUGUCAAUGAGAGUGUGACACAACUACUGGCUGCUGUGGCUGAAGACAAUGCUGAGUUGCGUACCAAGUGGCUCACCAUCAUCAACUGUAGUAACUGUUUGUUUGUUGAAGGAGUGUAUGAAGAGUGUAUGAAGUGGAGUGAGAUGUUUGUCAAUGAGAGUGUGACACAACUACUGGCUGCUGUGGCUGAAGACAAUGCUGAGUUGCGUACCAACGGGCUCACCAUCAUCAACUGUAGUAACUGUUUGUUUGUUGAAGGAGUGUAUGAAGAGUGUAUGAAGUGGAGUGAGAUGUUUGUCAAUGAGAGUGUGACACAACUACUGGCUGCUGUGGCUGAAGACAAUGCUGAGUUGCGUACCAAGUGGCUCACCAUCAUCAACAACACAUUGCUGUGUAUCCUCACUUGUAUCAACCACAAGGGGCCACAAGUCUUGGACACCCUGGGUGAGAAUCGUCUGCCUCGUCUGGUCCAAUCUCUCAUCCAUGUGAUCUGUCGUCAAAUAGAGUCUGGACAACUGGUAGAUACACAGUUCGGACAACUCGUAGAAACACAGUUUGACUUGAUCUCUCCAUGGAUGUUGCUUUAUGAGAUCAUUUGUCACAGUGAAGACCUUAAUGAGGUGAGGCCGUCAGAUAAAGCGGAGGAGCGACUUCCGUGUUCCCUCAGACUUCUGUUUACUGCACACGAGUACCUCGGCCGCCGUUGCUGGUGCUGUCAAGAGGAAGCGGUGAUUCUGUACCAGACGUUGUACCAGCUGCAGACACUAAUGGACCUCUACAACCCUGAGUCUGAGGAGUUUACGGUGUUGUCUCAGCAACUGGAGCAAAUAUUCUACUGCCUCUACGGACAUCCUAUCAAACGCAAUAAGCCGAGAUAUGUCCACGAGCACCAUGUGAACGGUGUGGAGCUGACGUGGACCAGAUCUCACCAGGUGUUGAGUCUGUUGAGACCCAAGGAGCUGCCAACGUACGACUCAUCCAGCAAAUGCUCCAUCAGUGCGGACACAGAGACUCUGUUGAGACGUAUCAUAGAGCUGGUACCUUCUGAGAUGAACCCUGCUCGUCUUGUGGAACAGAUGUCCAAGUAUAUUGAUAGAAGUGCGGACAUAAUUCCACAAAAUGACAACCCACUCCCUGCAGAAAUGGCUGACAUCUACUAUCUCAUAGCUGAUCAUUACUUCAAGAAUAAAGUUUGGGGAAAGGCACUGAAGUACUACUUGUUGGAUGUGUGCAACAACUCUGAGAGAGUAGACUCCUGGGCUUGUCUGGCCUUGGCUCGUGGCAGUAUACUGGAGACCAAACUGAACUCUUGCGAUGCAUUAAAGUGUGAAGAAGACUUCUUGAAGAAAGCGUUGAUGUCUUGCCGAUGCUACCAGACAUCAUUAGACAUAGACUCAGGCCUGCCAACAUUGUGGAUCGAGUAUGGGGCUUUCUCCUAUAUGGUCCAUUCCUUCUGCUCUCGACUGCUUAAACAGGAACAAAACCUGAGCUUGGAGAUGUUUGACCUGCUUGAAACGCAGAAGGAGAACAUGAUCCAAACCUCACUGCGUUGCUUCACUGCUGCCAACAAGCUGUGGUACACUGAAGAUGGCCAAGAAAUGCAAGACGAACGAUGGCUUCACCACUACAUGCUUGGAAAGAUAGCGGAAAAGAAACAAGAGCCGGCCAGUAAUUAUCUCUCUCACUACACCAAGUCUUUGGAGUUCCUUCACCUGAACAACGCCACCUAUCCCACACUCGUCACCUACAACAGUCCACAGUUCUAUGCUGUUGAAGCCUUGGAGGUGUACUACAGAAUUCAUGCUGUUAUUCUUAAAUCUCUUGAACAAUCUGAGGACAAACCACUCGAUCCUACAUUGAGAAAACUGUUUAGAGAAACUCUGGAUAAAGUUGCGGCAAGUCCAUUCGCUCGGAAAAUCAGUCGGAGUGAAGAAAGCGAAGGAGCUGGAACAGUUAAAAGCACCAUCUAUAUUGAUUCUGAAGAGACAAGAAUGGCAGCUGUGAAACGCCUUAUGGACUCUGUGCUAGAAAUGGUGGAAGCUGAGGUAGAUAUCAAGGAGGCUGUGGUUGGCAAAAGAGCGGCAGAAGGUGAGAUAACACUGCCAGCUAAGCGGGUGAAGCGAGAAGACUCGGACAGCAAGAAACACAAGAAGAGAAGCUCAACGGAGAGCUCGUCUGAUAGCGAGUCAGACAGCGAAAGCUCCAGUAGCAACUCCUCUAGCUCAAGCUCAGACAGUGAGGAAUCUUCUAGUGAGGGGAAAAGUGGUGACGAUAAAAAAGAAGGAAAAAGUUCAGAAGAUGAAACAAAAGAAACCAACUGGAAGGAAGAGCAAGCGCUGCUGACAACGGCUUGUCUGGAAGCAUUGGAGGAAUGUGUGCGGCGGUUCCCUGAACACUACAAGUCUCUGUAUCGCCUCGCCCACUUCUACUUCCGGUCGAAGCUGCGGAGAAACGUAGACAAGGCGAGGCAGCUGCUGCUUAGUGAGGGUGGACUGUUCGCCAGCCGUAGGCAUUCCAACUUCUUCAAUGGCGUGUGGCGUAUUCCAUCCAACGAGAUUGACCGUCCGGGCAGUUUUGCCUCUCACAUGAGUCGCUGUGUGCUGCUCCUUGUAGAAGUGUUGAGACAUGGCCGAGACCACAAGAUGCUGUUUGACCUUGCGCUUAGGCUGAGGGACACACCGGAGUCAGAUAAAAAGUACCUCCGAGAUCCAGAGAGGGAAGAGCUGUCCAAUGAGGCGCUUUUGUUGUGUCUUCAAGCUCUGCGUAAGAAAAUGUCAGACGCCAAGACAGUAGAGGAGGAGAAAGCAGCUGUUAUUGACGUAUUCAAAAUAUACAAGCGAUGUGUCAAGCAGUGGGAGGCCAACAAGGGUCAGUUCGCUACACUUCUCACCGACGCCUACGCUCAAUACAAGAAAGAGGAGGGCAGCGUUAGUGUGUUGGACACUGCUGUCAAGUUCUGCGAGAGAGAAGUGACGCUACAGAAGGCAGCCUCUAACACUCCAUCCACUCCUCAGGCUGCGUUCUCAUCACCUGAUGCUAGUCAGGCUUCAAGUCCUGCGCCUCUCAAUCCACCAGUACCACAACAGCAAAAGCCUCCUCCAAUGCCUUUGGCCCCAGUGAGGAGGGGAAGAGGUCGCCCCUCCAACAGCAGUUUGCGACACAAGAAUCCUGGCAGUUUCAAACCACGCGGCACCCCGGGAGAACUGGAGCAGUUCUACCGUAACAUUGUUACCAUGCAGUUAAACGCAAUGAACCAGGGUAAGACAAACCAGACGCCAGCAACUACCAGUCAAGCACUGCUGAAGCAAAUGCAGAUGAUGAAUCAGGCCAAGGCUAGUCUCAACUCCAGUAACCAGGCUCUACUCAAUCAGCAAAUGCUGACCCAGCAGAUGAUGAUGUAUCAGCAGAUGUUGAUGCAGCAACAACAGGCUCAGACUUUGCUGACCAACUUGAAGAUGAACCCAUCUGGUUCUGGCCAGCAGAAAGUGAGCACUGCAAACAAACCGUUGUCUGCCGCCGACACACUCCUUGCACCAUCCAAAGUUUCUGUUUUCUCGUCCCAGAGUGUUUUACCGCAGAAUCAAUCGGCCAUGUCAAAACAAGCUGUGAAACAUCAAAGCCCUGUGGCAAGUAAUGCUGGUGCUGCUGCAAACUAUCAAGGAAUGCAGAAUAGAUACACACCUAGACCUCAAGUGCAUAAACAGACUCCUGCCAAACAGUCUCCGUUCCAACAGAAAAUGGCUGAACCACUUGUCAGCUUGCAGCAUAAGCUGUUAUCUGCUAAAAUGUCCAAGACUCAAGUUCCUUCAAGCACUUCUACCAGACCUGUUGCUAACCCAACCUCCGUCGCAGACAGAGUGAAUCAGUUCUCCAAAACCUUGCCUGCUGCAGCUUUGAGUUCUAGGGGAGUGUCUAUAACACCUGCCAAGCCACCAGAAAUUAAAAUUCCGAAGGAUAUUACUUUAGGAUCUGGCUUGAGCAUAUCUCCGGUUGGUAGUUCUAGGACGAAAUCUGCUCUCAGCCCGUCCACUUCUAAGGAAGUAACUGUCACUGUAUUAAAAUCACAAGACGCAAAAGUGUCAAAGCCCGGAAGUUCUGUAAGUGUUUCUUACAUUGACAACAAGAAGCCUCAAUUAAGUCCUGCAGGAAGAAAUUCACCUACGGCCACCCUGAGAAUGGGCAGUGGAGUGACAAUAGUUCCUGCAAAAUCCCAACCUAAACCUGUGCAGCAAGCUAAACCUAUCCCUAAAGCAGACUUCUCAAUAACACUUUCUAAACCUGCUAGUAAAAAGAAGGACGGGAAUGAUGUCAUCAUACUUGACUGAUGUGAGGAAAGUCUGUGGAUGACUGAAUCAAAACUAUAAUAAAUAUUUAGCAGGACUAAAACAUAAUGUUUGCUUCUGCUUAAAAAGACUGAAGUUUUUAACAGUUUAAGGCCAAGGUUGUGAAAUAGAGCAGAAGGGACAAUGAUUUGAGUAUUUUUUGUGAAGAUCGAUAGAAGGCUUAACUGAAUUUUGAUUCUAUUCUGACAAGACAAUCGCACAACUUUACUCCAUCCAUACACAAAUUUAGAAUAUUUGGGUUAGAGAGAGAGUUUUUAAGACUCGAUAGCAAAUUUUUGUUCCAUAGGCGAGAUAAUUUUAAGAGCAUUCCCCAUCCACUGUUCCAGAAUUCAACCAGCUUGCACAGGUUGUGAUCGGUGGAUGUGCUUUAUGAGUACAUUCACUAACAUGAUAAAUCUCCAUUAAUUGCCUUACAUUGUAAAACAUAAUUUCAAAUACCUAUUAUAAAUGAUUAGGCCUAACUCUUAAUUAUUGUGUUCAGAAUCUUUAUGUUUUUAAUUUAUUUUAGUGAUAAACUGCCAUUAUUUGUUUCUGUGAUAUAAAUUGUAAUAAUAAAAUAUGUUUACCUUGUGGACAUUUUAAAGUUAUGCACUUGUUUAUAACUACCUUGGUUUAGAAAGUUUAUUAGUUAUUGUUCUGUAUACUUUACUGGUGGAAACUUACCACAAUGUUUAUAUUUAUCAUUCAAGGUAAACAAUAAAAUUUACAACACAGGAUUCAUCAGCCAGAUAAAGGUUGGAAAUAAAAACAUGCACCUAGAUACUUAACAAUCU